CUGAAAUGUUGCGUAUGAUAAGCCAUGGUCGAUAAUUGUCGAGUAACACGGAACUUGUCAGCAAUGGCUCGUUUUUAAGUUACAAUGACCAUGACAUUAUGUGCGGAAAAAAAAUCACAUCAGUAUCAGAUAAUCACGCGUAGAUUUAGCCUAGCCUAAUUUAGUCAUAUGAGACAUAUGAUACGGAGUUUCAUUUCCCGAUAUGAUUAGCAAAACAUACAAAACUGGUUUAUGUUGCGGAUUAUAGUAUUUUAGCUUAAUAUUUGUUUAGAGAGAUUUAACAAGAAAAUUGGCGAUUGACUAUCAAAAUGAAUGACGCACCUCCCCCUUACCCGGGGUCGGAUAAUAAAGCCGAGUAUCCACCACAGCAUCAAGGCCAAUAUAUGCCAUAUCAACAAGGUGGCGAUAGCGACACGACAGUAAUACUCAACCAGCCCGUAACAAUAAUACAGACAUUCGGAGAGUGUUGUAUCCGACUGAACUGUCAGUUUUGUCAUGCUGACGUCAUUACAUCAACAGAAUACGAACCUGGAACCCUCACCUGGCUGGCCUGUUUCUUGAUAUUUCUAUUUUUCCCACUGGGCUGCUGCCUGAUACCAUUCUGUAUAGAUGGAACAAAAGAUGUCGUCCAUCGGUGUCCAAAUUGUGGUGUAGAGGUCGGAAGGUUCAAACGGAUGUAGCGUUGUGCUCAAUUUUUGAUGACGAAAUGGACAAUACAACGACUUUUCUUAUAUGAUUUGAGGAUGAAUGUUUUGCUGUUUAAAGACGGCGGGACUAUAUUAUGAUUGUCGCAGACGAUUAUUUUGAGUAUGUACAAUGAAAAUUACACGUACAUGUGUAUGUGAUAUACAUCGUAAUAUAUUAUUAACUUUAAACCAGCAUAAUAUAAUCAUGUUUAUUUCCUAUGAUGGACAAUUUUUGCGGGGAUGAAGUCACGAGUUCAACAUCUUACAACGGCAAAGUUUCUUUAAUGCAGGCGGAGUGGGGAGAGGGGCUGUUUCACUAAUUAACCAUGACAAAGUUUAUUAAUUUUGAACGUAGACAAAUACAUUCUAACGGAAGUGUAAUGUAAUUAUGUUAUGUAUUUUUUUAUUAUUUUUUAUUACAAGAAAUAAGUUAAAAAAUAAGAUUUGUGCUCAUUAUUUCAAAAUAAUGUAGUCUUACAGUCAUCUUUUUAUAUAAUCUGUUUUACUUAUUUUUUCUGUGUAAUAAACUAACUAACUCAUUUUAUGCGUAAUUGCGCGGACUGCAAACUAUAUAUAUGUAUCUUAGUUAUUUUUAUCUGUAAAAACAUGUGAUCUGGCCUGAAGCCCUGUAAAUAUGGUAUGAUGUUGUAAAGGUUUAUAGUUAACUUCUGGUAGCUUUUGCCAGAUGACAUUUUGUAAAUGUCAUUUUUAAUGAUAAUAAUUGUAUGCCUUAUUACUGUAUGAUUGUAGCAUUAUUUGUAGUUGUGAUAUUGAAACUUACUGUAACAUAAGUACAUUGUAACACAAGUAUUUAAAACAUGGGAAAUAAAUAGCGUACAUAGUUAUUGUAUGAAACUUUGAA